UGACAGAAUAAACUUCUGUGCUUAAUUUAGAAAACGUCUUGUUUCAUUAAGUGUUUUGAAAAUUUUGAAGCCCUGAAUUUGUUGGAGAAAUAUUUGAAACAAAUUAUUCCUUUGCUUCAGAAAAUGAUUCAGUUUUCAAAGUUACAAAAGAAAAAAUUCUCAUUUCCACAAUCAAUGUGGGUGUGGUAUUUCUCCAGAAAUUUAAACUGGAGGGAGGGUGCAGUGCAAGAUAAAAACUGAUUCAAGUCUGUGCUUCAGAGUUCAAAACAUUUGUCCUAGUUGAAUUCAGACUUCAGCACGUGAAGCUUCUGAAACACUGCGAUUUAAAAUAUUUUGCUCUCGGAUUUGACGAUUUGAAGCUAAAUAACGCGCGGGUUUGGAGUUUCUCCUCAUGUGAUCCUGUUUGGCGCAGACGCAACGUUGCGUCGUGCGUAAAAGGACGCAAGUCCGUCCUGCCCGCUUUGGGAGCACAUGGCCCAGCAGUGCGCUCAUGCACACGCUUCCACACACACACACCAUUUCCACUAUGGAGGGGUGUGUUGCCCCCUCUCGGUGGGUUUGGUUUUCGCGCCGGAGCUGGAUGUGCAAACACUUGCUGCGCGUCUCCAAAAGAUCAGGACGCACCGCGGGGAGCAGGAGGCGCAGGAGGAUCGCUGGGAAACACAUGGCUCGAUGACAUGAUGGUCCUACCCUUUCCCCUUCCCCCCUCCACCUUUCUUUACCCCGUUUUCCUCCUACUCUUCUUCUGGCUCCCUCCGGCCCUCGUCACGCCUUCCUUCUCCCACACCCCGCUGAGCUGGACUUCCCUUCAAGACCCCUGCUACCACAUAGAUGGUCGCCCGCGUCACUGCCUGUCGGAGUUCAUCAACGCGGCGUAUGGAAUACCUGUCAAUGCCAGUCACUCACGCCAAGGUUUGGAUUACGACAAUAACGUCACCACCCUGACUGACCUCCACAAUCCUCAUAAUCUGACCUGCUGGAUGGGUCACGGUAGAGGUGUGAGCACAGGGGAUUGGGUUCUUACUCUACCCCUAGGCCGACGCUUUGAGAUUACCUAUAUAAGUUUGCAGUUCUGCCAUCAAGGGGAGACCUCUGAUCCCAUCUCCAUCUUCAAAUCGAUGGACUACGGGCGAACCUGGAGGCCGAUGCAGCACUAUUCUAGCAACUGCCUUGAGAACUUUGGUCUUCCUUCCCAGACAGUGGCACAAACCCGGCACCAAGAGACGGAGCCCCUCUGCUCAGAUCCUCAUCCCCUCCAAAAGCAGAGGGGCGGAAUGGUGCUCGCCUUCUCUACUCUGGAUGGACGGCCCUCAUCUCCUGACUUUGACGACAGUCCCACUCUCCAAGACUGGGUGACGGCCACAGACAUACGUGUGGUUUUCCACCAGGUGUCCAAAGACUCCAAAGUGGGGAGCUCAGGAAAUACGGAAGAAACUGGGCGCCAAGUAGGAGAUAACAGAGGAGCUGGGGUUCCGAGGUGGAGAACAGGCCACAAAGGGGACAAAAUAGUCCCCCAUGGCAGGAAGAAUAAUUAUAAAGGCUCCGAUCAAGAGGAAGACGGACAUAAUGUGACGAGCAUGGAAGGCAGGGAGGGUUUCAGCACAGACGUGUUGUCUUCUUCAAAAAGAGGCAGGAAAGGCAGGGGGCGUGGCCACAAGAAGGACAGCAAUCACUGGCUGCCUUGCCCAAAGGCAGGCUGCAAUUGGACAGUAGAGGGUUGGAGUAGGAGCAACAAAGGACGGGAACUGAGGAAGAGAAGGAACAAUAACCUCAACAUGAGACAAAGCUCCCGGGAUCUUGAAAUGGCCCCGUCCUCUACGUUUACCUUCACGUCUCCAGUCCAAGCCCCUUUGGCUCUUUCUGACCUGCAGGUUGGAGGCAGGUGCAAAUGUAACGGGCACGCCUCCAGGUGUCGGCGUGACGACGGUGGUCGGGCUGUGUGUGUCUGUGAGCAUCACACGGCAGGCCAGGAUUGUGACAUGUGUGAGGAUUUCUACUUCGACAGACCCUGGCAUCGAGCCACACCUACUCAACCAAACCCCUGUGUUGCGUGCGAAUGCAAUGGCCACUCAGACAAGUGCAGGUUCAGCAUGGCGGUCUUCCAGCAGUCGGGCCGACGCAGCGGAGGCGUGUGUCAGAAGUGUCGCCACAACACGGCCGGACGCCAUUGCCAGUACUGCCAGAACGGAUACACCCGUGACCACAGCAAAGCGCUCAGCCAUCGCAAGGCCUGCCAGCCAUGUCAGUGUCAUCCUUUGGGAGCGGUGGGUCACUGGUGUAACCAGACAUCCGGUCAGUGUCUAUGUCGAGAAGGAGUAAUUGGACUCAGGUGUAACCGCUGUGCACCCGGGUACAAACAGGGUCGUUCGACUGUACGACCCUGCAUACGAAUUCAAGAAGUUGCUCCCACACCUGUUUUCCAACCUCAAUACAGCAUUGCGGAGGAGUGCAUGUCGUACUGCCUGCCCUCUCAGCUCAAAGUCAGGAUGAACCUGGAGACUUACUGUCAAAAGGACUACGUGCUGAAAGUCCACGUGCGGGCGAUGGAGCGUUCAGGACCCUGGUGGCAAUUCUCCAUCUCUGUUCAAACCGUCUUCAGGACAGGUUCCUCCUCCCAUGUCCGCAGAGGCGUUCACGCCCUCUGGGUCCCAGAUCGGGACCUCGGCUGCGGCUGCCCCGCCCUCCACGUAGGCCGGACUUUCCUUCUAAUUGGUGCAGAGGAGGAGGAGCGGAGUUGGGGUCCAGAGGAGAGUCGCCUAGUGGCCGACCGCUCUACCCUCGCCCUCCAGUGGCGGGAACACUGGAGCCACAAACUCAAGGGGUUCCGGGGACAGGACAAAAGGGGUCGCUGCCCCCCAAAAUCCCUGCGUACUGGGGAAUCUACAAAGCCCCAGCAUGGGUACAUCCCCCCUCACCUGCUGGUGGAGAAACACUCCGAGUCUUGUGGUGCAAAAACUACAAACUCCAUGAAAUACAACACGGACAACCCUCAACCCUCAGAAGAUGUGAAAUCGACCCAAGUCACACUGACGUCACCCGCAACGUCUCCUGUGAUGUGUUCCACUCAAAGUCCGGACUGACAGAAACCACAAAGACAAAAAUCCCCAAGAUCCUAACAUUCAGCCGCCACACUUUGAUGUUCUUGAGUAUUUGAAGCUUUCUGAAGAAACUCAACUUUGAAAGCCAAACUGUUGAUGUUCAAAUAUUCAAAUGUUUAUCAAGUAAUGUGAAGAAAUUCACUCUUGUAACUGUUGUGAAACUCACUGAGGAUGAAAACAUGCAAAAGCUCUAACUAGCCAAAGGUGGCUAGAGGGUGAAUUAACAUUUAGGCUCCUCCCAAAAUAUUCUGGACAUUGUGGUUGGAAGUAACCAACUGUUUCACAAAAUGAUUCACUGGUCAGAAUGCUUGAAACACCAAAGCUGAGUUUACAUAUUAGCGGUCAGCAGUCAACAGAGAGCCAGAAAUUCUAUUCACUUCAAAACAAAAAUGGCUAGCUUCACUAGUGAAGUGAUUCUACGCUGUCAGCAAUAGCUUGCUGAAAUUUUCUAUCAAUAGUGGAAAAUGCCUUCUCUUUUUGUUAAUUAAAACACAAAAAUAAGAGCAUUGGAAAAAGUUAGUGCCAUAUUCUCUUCAAAACAAAAAUGGCUAGGUGUCGCAAGUGAAAUGGUACUACGCUAUCAGUGAUAGCUUGCUAAAAAAUUGUAUGCUUUCUCUAUUUGCUAAUUAACAUACAAAAAUUAGAGCACUGGAAGAAAUGUUGGCACCAAAAUCAAUGUUUCAUAUGUAUUCUCUGCUAUAGCCUGAUGCAUAUUAUUAUGUGUUGUAGCUUAGCAUUCUAGUUUUCUGUACUGUUACUAUGGAGGAGUGCUAGCUUGACCACUGGUCAGAAAAACAUUUUCAUUUUGUAACCACUAAUAAAUAAACUCAUUAACCUCAGAACAAUUACCACUAUUUCAAAAUGCUAGUAACAAUACCUUCAUGAAACAAUUCAGUUUAAAAAUGCUGCAAAAAGGAAAUGAACCAAUUGCUUCAAAAACAAUCCACUGUUUCAGAACACUCAAAACAGUAAAUGAACCAGUGGUUCAGUGUGAAGCACGAGUGACAGUAGGACCACUCCCAAGAUCCGCCCCUAUGCCGAGGUAAUUAGUGCCAUCUGAAACAAAAAAUGGAAUAUUUUGUAUUUAAUGAAUAUUUGAAAAUUAACACAGUACUCAUGUCUUAUGAAACAUUUUUUUUUUGCAACAGCUGUUUCAUAUCGAAAUAUUCAUAUUCUGUUUAAUAUCAAAUUUGGAUAAAUGUGCACAAAAGUCACAAGUGUAUGUAGUCUACCUCACAUUUUAUAUUCACAAAGGUCACCAAAUCCUAUAUAAAAAAAUAUUUUUAAUAAAGUACAAUGUUAUAAUUACAUAUUUCAAUGUAUAAAAAAAUUUUUCUUCAUUUUCAUAUUGAAAAUUGCAAUUUCAACUAAUUUAUGAAAUAAAUAUGUGUAUAGUGCUU